CUGUCGCCGCUUGGUUGUGAGGGGGUCCGUGCACGGCACCGUGUCAAGCGAAAACAAAGACACGAAUGUGAAUGAGCAUGUAGAUUCACGGAAGAAAUGCUUUUCUGUGAGCAAUCAAAUGGCAAUACAGGAGUGAUUGACAAGGUAAACAACUUAACAGAUUCUACGGCAUCAGUUGUUCCUCAUCCAGCAUUAGUAAACAUUAAGAACACGAUCCUCCCAGCAGCCAGUUUCUAUUCUUCACCCAACAAGGUAAACAGCAUGAGUAUAGAGCGUAGUCCACAGACUAUUCCAUUUGAUCAGUAUCUUUUGAUUGCAUGUGCUGUGUGCGGGAAUAGAUACAACACACACUUGACUCCAACGCUGCAGUAUAUAAAAAAAGAUCGUUAUCUUUUACUGUGAAGCGUGCUUGUCUACUGUUGCUUUAUAAUUUUCGCCAUCCCUCUGAACUACGCCGUGUAACCUCCCUCCAUCCACUCCGAAUUCAUACUCUAUCCAAGUGUGCUGCCGCAGAUAAGCUGACCGCUCAUGGUAAGUAUACGCUGCCGCU